AUGACGGACAUCGCUGCGGUUGCACCCGCUGUGGCGGAGGACAAAUACACGUUUCUGGUCCCCUACGUGAAGAUCAGCGCGCCUGACCUGGUGGAGAGCGUCGGCACGCAAACGCACGGAAAGACGGAUGCGGCCAUCACCCACAUCACCAGCGCAGAGGACUCGCGCAGCCCGAGCACGCCGGAGAGCGACUCUUUCGAGAUCACUACCGCGGCUGCCACCCCCCUUUCUCCAACGGCGACCGUGUCGCGCUGGUCUUCUGUCCAGAAAACGCUAGAAGCCUGCAUGGACCCAGUGUUUCUCGCUGGCUCGGCUGACAUGGACCAUAAGAUCACCGAGGAGGUUCUCCCUCUGAUGGACGCGGCUAUGUCAGUGCGUGUGUCUGCCUUCGCUAGCCUCUCCUGCCUGCAGCCUUUCUUCACCGGACGGACUCGCAGCGAGCGCAUCCACACGGUGCUGAGCGCCGUUCGCGCCUCCAACAAGCUGAUGCUGCGCGACGACCUCCCUGUGCCGACCCCCAGCGUCUGCAUGCUCUCAGUGGACGAGGCUGAAGCGGCCGGGCUGCGCGUUGGCCUUUGCAGUCACGCUGACGGCAGCUCUCGCAACGCGCGGACGCUGGAGCGCCGGCAGCCCACGCCUGAGUGCGAGGACUCUCCUCGCUCGCUGACCCUUUUUCGACGGCAGGCAACCUCACCGCUCCCUGCCGACAGCGCGCACGCAGCAUGGGAGGCAAACCCCCCUCACGAAGGUGUGAGUGUGCCCUGCCCAGGUGACGCCAACGCUCACAGCAGGGCCUUGUCAGUCGCUCCUGCAUUCCCUGUCGCGGUGACCGAGAAGCCGGCUGGCAUCGGCGUUCCCGCGCCAUGCAGAACGCUGCAGUGCCCGCCCGUCGUAGGCGAAGGGCCGUUCUGCCCAGGUAACCGUGACUGUGCCACUGACAACCAAGAGAAGAUCCACAUUCCUACGCUGCGUGCAUGCGUGCCAGUGCCGAAGCCGCCACCCACCAUUGACAUCCUCCUCACAGACGCUGCUGGCAAGUUUCAUGUGGCGACUGCGAGCAGCAGCGCGAAAGAGGCAACCUCUGUGCCCACGAUGAGCUCGGCCUUGCCGGCGCCCGACACGCCCUCCUCCGCCACCGCCACUGCAAACACCACGAACUGCUCGCACUUCAGCGUGACAGCGGCGCCGCUCAUGCCAAAGAGCGUACUGAACGCGACCAGCGGUGUCACUCCCGUUGCCGCACCGCGUCAGCCGGCAAACUAUGCCCGCCCCCGCCGCCAGCCGACUGCCUGCGAGCAUGCUGGGUCUCGCCCCGUGCUCAUCAGCGAGGCCCUGAGGAAGGACGUACCGACGGGCUCGAGCACCGGCUGUACGCACGCCACACUGGACCUGAGCGCGGGCUCCUCAUGGGGGACAAGGCACGGUGCGGCAGGGGCGUGGAGGAGGGGCUUGAUGGCGACCGCCCCGCCCAUGCCCGUGGACGAGUUUCCCUCGACCUUUCUCCGCAAGGAGGGGUGCUGCAUGCCUGCAGAGCGUCCACCGAUGGCGCUCGGGGCUGAGAUGCCGCAGGCCCCGCGAGCCAUUGACGUUUCUCCGAAGACGGCCAAUACUUUACCGCUUGCUGGGCUUCGCCCGCGGCGCCCGCUGAUGGUGGCCAUCCCUUCUGACAGCGUCCCUGGCAGCAGUUUCGACGGCUGCGGGUCGAAAUGCUCAUCGCCGGCGGCGGCGCAGCUGUCGCUAUGCCCUCUGUCCCAGUCGCGCCGUCAUCGUCAUGACCCAUACAGCCCGACAGGCUUCGUCCUGUGCGCAGAGAACAGCUGCGCCCUCUCCUUGUCCCAGACGAACAUCUCCGCUGCCCGUGUCUUGACAUCGUCCGCGUCGCCGAUGCCUGCCUCCUCUGCCUGUAACUCGAGCGCCGCCGGAGGGAUGAUCGGCUUCUGGUUCGCGGACCCGCUGAUCAAAGCGGCUGCACGGCUGCAGGAGCGCCGCUGCCUUCUGCGAGCUGAUACCACUCGUACCCUGUCAUCAGAGCUCGCGAGCGCGUCGUGCUCCGUUGCGCAUCUGAGUCCUGCGUGCGAGAGCGGCGAUGAUGUCGAGGAGGCUCCAUGUAGAUCGUUGCCAUCUUGCGAGGCACUUCUCGCUGCCCCACUCGUUGAACCAACAGCAGCUACAACCGUCGCGUUUCUGAACUCCAUAGACGCGGAUACAGUCUCGCCUGCCAAUACCGCUGCAGGCGCCGUCGCCCCCAAGUCGUACGCCGAGGCUCUGCGUGUGAGCGCGAAGGCGCUUCCACCAGCUCUCGUCGUCGCUGCAAAACCGGUAGAGAAGAGAGAGAAGUUGCCCAAGGCGAAGAGCCGCGCCCCUCCCCGCUCUGCGGCGGCCUCCAGCAGCCACGCGAAGAACACCACUGCCACCGCCAAGGCAAAGCGGGCAUCUCUGUCUGCGUAA